AUGGGUUUUGGUUACGCUUUACAGAUAAUAAUUAACGGUGAAGUUGUUAAAGAACCGUAUACAAUGCUUAGGGCUGGUUCGGAAUUGGUUUAUCAUAGGCUUCCAUGGAGAGAGCCCGAUGCGCCAUACUUGCUUCAAGUUUUACAUGAAGAUGAUGAUAUGAUUGCUUUGAACAAGCCGUCCGGUCUUCAAGUGUUACCUGGAGGGCUUUUCCAGCAACGGACUGUUUUAAUGCAACUCCAGUGGAGGGCAAGCAAGGACAGCACUACCCUAGCAAGCCAAGGAUCACAUCCUGUUCCUGUUCAUCGCCUGGGAAGGGGUACAUCAGGAAUACUACUUUGCGCAAAAACAAAGGUCGCCAAAACUAGCCUUGCUGCAUAUUUUGCUGAUGGGACAUCCCUUAUUGGAAACAACAGCAAUACCAACAUAGAGCAGAGAAAAAAGAGGAAAAUUUCAAAGAUAUAUCGAGCGCUAGUGAAUGGGAUACUGAAUCAGGAUAAGAUUAUCAUCAAACAGCCAAUUGGAACAAUGCGUUACCCUGGAGUGGCCAAAGGGUUGUAUGUUGCUUCUCCCUCAGGUAAACAAGCUUUGAGCAAAGUUGAAGUCCUUGAGAGAGAUGCACAACGAAACCACACAUUGGUCCAGGUUGAGAUUGAAUCAGGACGCCCACACCAAAUUCGCAUUCAUCUUUCUUUCAUAGGGCAUCCUUUACUGGGUGAUCCUCUUUAUGACAUCGGAGGGCAACCAAAGUGCUUUGAUUCUGAACAUGAGGAUGAGAGUUUUGCCAAAGACGGGUACAGAUUCAUUCAGAACUCAUAUGUUAUCUUCUUAUCAAAUCCAGAAUCCUACAACUUUGACUUCACUUCUUGUAGAGGAUACGAGAGGCCAGCAAAACCUGUCCCAGGAGAUUGUGGCUACUACUUGCAUGCACAUCAAUUGGUUCUCUCGCACCCAACCAAAAAUGAGGUUGGCAUUCAAUAA